UAGGCGGUGCUGGUAAAACAACAUUAGUUAAUAAUAUUAAAGGUAGAUUUCUUAAUGCUCAAGUACAUGAUUUUGAUGAAGUCGGAAUACCAGAAGGAGUCGAUGAAAAAUGGAGACAUGAAAUGACAAGCUAUUGGUUGACUAAAGCAAAAGAAUAUCAUGACAAUGGGCAAACAAUGAUACUUUGUGGGUUUAUUGUGCCCAGUGAGGUAGAAAAACAACGGAAUUUUGAUCCCAGUAUGAGAAUAAAUUAUGGCUUUAUACAUAUAAAUCCUGAAACUAUUAAACAAAGAUUAUUGGAAAGGGGUUGGGGUGAUCAAAAAAUUAGAUAUCACAUAGAAUGGGCAAAUUACAUCGAAGAGGAAAUCAAAAAACAUAAAGAACGAUUUAUUGUAAGUGGAGAUGGAAAUGAAAAUAGUCCAAAGAAAGUAGCUGAAAUCUUUGAAAAUUGGAUAAUUAAUCAUUUAGAAGGUCGAUUAGUAGUUACAUGA